AUGAGCAUGACCUCUACCACAGCUUCGGCGCGCGAUCAGGCGCUCAAUUACAUCUCCGAUCCUCGCUUCACGCAAAAGUUCAGCCUCCCCGCCAGUGAAAGUCAGGAUGCCAUCACCGUCAGCUAUGCGGACGUGGGCUUCAAGCCCGCGAGUCCGACGGCCAGUCGCACUACCCCAACUGUACUCUUCAUCCCCGGCAUGUUUGGGUCAAGAUACAUCGGCGCUGUGCUAGAUCGCGUUGCGCGUAGAUAUGGAGUACGAGUUUUGGUGAUUGACCGGCCCGGGAUGGGUUUCUCAACAGAAGUGCCUCUUGCUCAGCGAAUCCCCACGUGGAUUCGGGUCGUUCCUCGAUUGUUGGCUCACCUCGAUAUCCCGCAUGUUGCCUUGGUUGCGCAUUCUGCUGGGACGCUGUACCUUCUCAACACGUUGCAUCACUAUCGAGAUCUGUUACAUCCCGAACGUCCUUAUGUUGCGAUCAUGGGGCCGUGGGUUGAUCCUGCAUGCUCUAAAGUGGCAGCAAUGCAGAUGCUUCAAUAUAUCCCAACGCCAGCCUUCAGUAUAUGGCACCGCAUUCCGCGGUUUUUUGUAGUUGAUGCGGCACCUGUAUUGACCACAAGUGGAACUGUCCUCAACAAAGCCACCGGCUUCUUCUCCGCUUCGUUGGGCACGAACAAUGCCCAGGAGCUUACAACACUAGAGAAGAAUAGGCAGAAGCUGGCAGACGAAUAUGACUUUCCACGGGAUCUACAGAUGGAAUUGGGGACGAUACUCACCAAAAAGAUAUUUGACGAGAACACCGUUGGUGCAAAUGGUGAGGCGCUCCAGUGCUUGAGAAAGGGCCAAGGAUGGUCAUGGGAAGCGUGCGAUGACUACGCGGUGUUUGCCAAGUCCCUAGUGAGCGCUGAAAGACAGAGACGGCAGUUGGACCCCAAUUGGCAAGACAGCAUGAGGCUAAAAGUGAGGGCAUACUUCGCCGAAACCGACAUAAUGAUUGGCGCAGGUGGUCAACAAUAUAUCGAGGACAUUUUGGGAUGGAAAGACAAGGCAUUCGAUGAUGUGCUGGAUUUCGAGUCGGUCACUGUUCCCGGCACUGACCAUGACAGUGUUAUGCAGCCUGUUGAAAUUCUGGAGCAGGUUUUCAUCGAUGCUGGAGGCAGUCUGCUUCGUUAG